GAUGGAGGACGGGAAGAAGGAAGGGACGAGGGAGGUUUAUACGCGAGGAAAUCGUUUCAAUGGAAGUAAAACUGCACAGUUUCACCGGACAAAUGAUGUUGUGCCGCUAUUUUGCAGCCUUCAGAUGAUGCGCUGAUUCAGCUUACUGCAGAUUUCUUGUAGUUUUUGAUUUUAUAAAGUAAAAAGGCACACAUAUCGAAGAAUAAAUAAUACUACUCCUGACGAUGUGCGACCAGGCACUCACUAUAACACUCCAGCGCUUCCAGACGUCAGACACGUGUACAGAACUUACGUAGCCAAUGCCUGACGUCACCAUUUAUGGCCGAAAACAACGUGACGUCAUACAGGUGGCCGGAUAAUAUCUAACGUUAUCCUGAGAUGCCUUUUCCUCCAGUUUACAUGUUGGAGGAGGGCGUGUGGAAAAGAGCUUGGAGGAAUACACCCCUUUGGAUGACCAAGACCCUGCCAACACUCCACAGUGAAUGGGAGUUGACAGGAGCGAGCCAAAGCCAACAGGAGCAGCCAAAUGAUGCCCGAGGGGGGAAGGCUUAAUUGGGGCAGAUUUGAUGGCGAAUUUGGCAGUUCGAGAAGAAUCAUCGCACGGCAUCCAAGCCCCGGCAUCUCCGGAGUGCUUUUCUGUGGAAGAGCAUCACCAGAGCGCCUCAGCAAGGGGAGGUUUAAAGGGAGAAAGACACGAGGUGGAGUGUGGACCCUGUGCCGUCCAGCGCUCCUGGAGCAGCUACUCCUGCUGCUGCUCCCACAUCAGCAAGACAGACAGCAGAGCGAGUCCCAGAGGGAUGGUGAUUGACAUCUGCAGCUGAUCCCCUGGUGUGACUGGAGCAGAGAGCAAGGGAUUGAGGCUGAGGGCACACACAGACUGACAGUCCCUCUGCGUGCUACAGUGGAGGGCUUCACGGCUGAAUGCAUCACUCAGUGGAUCAGUUCAGUGGGCGUGGCACACGGGACCCCUACCCACAUGACAGACCAUACCGGGGGCCAUGGGUUCGGGCUCCACCCACAAGGUGCACGGGCAGUCAACCCCAAUUCCCCCCCCACAUGACCCCAUGUCACAUGACUGGACCGAGCCAUCCUCGCAAAUUCCACAAAAACAGUUCCCCAGGGUGCAGUGGGGGGCAGCUGGAGCAGGGGGGAUUACAGGGCCCGGGGGUGCAGAGGGACAUACGACACCUCCAUCGGGGACCUUGGCAUCCGCAUGGGCAUCAGACUAGAGUCCUCAACCACUGCUACCAGAACGGCCCUCACCCGCAUGGCGGAUAUGGACCCAGCCCACGGGCCCAUCACCAGCUUAGGUAUGGGGCUCCUCACCAGCUUCAUCACCCCCGAAAUCACACCCCUGUGGGAGACAUGUGGAGCCCUGCCCAGCAGCAGUGCAGGGGGGGCCCAGGAAAAAUGAUGGGCGGACACCUGAAGCGGCCCACCCCUCCCCACACAGAACACUCCGUCAUACAGCACACCCCUCCCCCUGCUGAAAACUGCCCCAGCAAGAGGAUAAGGAGCUCCAGCUCCGAGCAGGUCUUCCACCCAGCUCUGCAACGAUUCCCAACACAGAGCCACCCGCCACCGCCAGCCCACCCCUCUGCUCGUCACAUGUCCCCAAAAUGGGCCUUCCGGAACGACAGGAAGGCUGGACCUCUGGAGUUCCAGCAGGAGUCCUCCAGUCCAUCUUUGGGAGGGCCCCCAUACAGACCCCCACUGUGCAGGCCCUGGCCAGGGUCCCCAACCCCGCAUUCCACAUUGAACUAUGCCCCCCGACACGGAGCACAGCCCAGCAAAUCCACACCACCGCCCUGUCCACCCCCCCAUAGCCGUGAGCCCCGAGCCUGCCCCAUUCCUCGGGGGGUGGUGAGCGACAGGCCCCACCCCAUACCAGCGAGCCUCACCGGCGUGCCUUACAGUCCCUCCCAGCCAGCCCCUCCCACUGGCAGCAGCACAGUACCCGAGCAGCUGAACCCUGCUGGAGGCUGGACGCCAGCAGGCAGAGAUGGAAAGAGCGUGUUGGACAUGGGUCCCUCCAGGGCAGGGAUGGAAUCUCAGGGUCAGCAGCAGCAGCGGGUUGAUAAGGCACCCAGGGAGCCUGUCUGUGGAAACCCCUCACAAACCUGCCCUCAAGACCCAGUGACCACAUCCACUGAACCACUAAGCCAAUCAAGCUCUCUCCAGAGUGACAGCUGGGUGGUGCUGACACAAGCCAAGCCCACUGCACCCUCUGACGUCUCCCCAGUGGAUCGCACUAACAGCAGCAGUGGUGGAAGCAGACAGGUGGAACCCCCUUCACUACAGUCAGCAUCUCAAGACAAUGCCUCACCUGCGUAUGGGCUCUCUAUCGCCUCUGGACACUCCCCAGCAUCACGCCCACAUGCAGCAUGCUCAGGAUACCAGAUGUCAGAGGAGACCGCCAUCACCAGCAGACCGAAUGGCUCACAGCCUCACUCGCCACUGGGCCCCCCUGACCCAGCCGCCACCAGAUCCUGCCCGCAGAGCAUGGCUGAGGCGCUGGAUAGACUGGAGGCGAAGCUACAAGAGCACCUUCAAGCUCAGGAAAGACAGCUGCAGCAGGAGAAAAUGGAGCGAGACCAGGAGAAGAUAAUGGCAGGAGGUGACAAGAACACGAAGGGCAAUGAGCUGGAAAAAAAGGAGGGAGGUUGGAAGAAGACAGACACAGGGGAAGAAAAGGAGACCAGCCAGGAAGAGAAGCCAUCUUCUCCUUUGAUGGCCUCUCCCCCCAGCAACCCAUCUCCUUACCCAUCGCUGAGCCGCGCCGGGGCCCUUCCUGUCCUUGCGGCUUCAGAGAAUCAUGGGCCACCACCACUGACCCCUCAGACGGCAUCUGCACGUGAAAAGCAAAGACAGAGGCAGGGAAGAGGGACUGGAGCAUCACAGGGUCCUAAUGCCAAGAGCACUUUGGAGAUUAUUACAAGUCUCAACAAAGACCGAGAAAAAGAAUUACCCCAACUUUUUCUCAAGGGCUCCCGUCUGGAGACCCACCAGAGCACCAGCAGCAGUUCCAUCAGGGAAACCUUCAAACUUUCGACAGCCAGCAAAGAACUUGUAGCCUCCAACAAGGGACCCUACAACUGUACUAGGAAGCUUUUGAUACCCACUAAGGGGCCUUCGAAAUCUCUAACCUCCAACAAGGAGUCAUUGACACCCCUGACACCCAGACAGGAGAUUCUGACUUCUGACAAGGAUCCUCUCGUCUCCCCAACAUCUAGUUGCAAGCGCAUAACUCCAGGUGGAACUCGUUUUGAAGAUGAACCCUCCGAGCUAUGUAAUGUUCGACCAGAUGGUCUGCUCUCUGUCAUGUGUCUGCUGGAUGAACCUAUCCAAAAGGAAGACAAAAUGCUCUCCCAUGGAGACCCUCUCUGUGCCCCUGACCUCCUUCCUGCCUCUAAGCUGCACUGUGGAGAUGACCUGGGGCCGGAUCCCCUUGCCAGCCCUCCCGUGCUUAGCAGGCAGGGCUCCUUAGCAUCUCUGCCUUGUGAGGAGGAUGACGAAGACGAUGACCGGAGGAUGAAUAAGCAUACCUUGAAUCUCAGUUCCACACAGUGCCCAUCAAGGUUGCCACAAGUGGGAACCAGCUACCGCCGCAGUGACCUUGCCAAGCUGUAUGGACUGCCAGAUUUGCCCAAAGAAGGUGAGGGGGAGGAGGAUGAAGAAGAAGAAGAGUCAGAGCAAGAUGACAACUCACAAGAGAUGUCCCAGAGGCCACACCUUCACCAGACCGGGAUGGGUGGCAAGUUUGAAUCACUGGAUUCUGCUCCGGAAGGCCAGAGAUAUACCUACCGUGGAGGCCCCUUCGGCAGACCUCCACCCAAUGCCCUUGCAGGGGUCAAGUACUCUUCAUCUCUGUCUCUUUGUCCCGAAGUGUGCACUUCACCUACUACCCUUCCUGGGCAAAAUUCCAGCCAAACUCCAGCCUGCUCUGAUCUGCCUAAAGGAGAAGGUCAGGAGCCAGUGGGAGAGCAUGAUGAAAAGAAAGUAGCUCUUCUAGAAGACGGAGAGAAGAUAGAGAAGUGUGGGAAAUCGGGGACAGAGACAAAGAACGUUUCUUCAUCAUCCUCUCUUCCCUUUGGACUGCCAACUACUUCAUUCCACUGUAACUUGAAGUUAACCUCUAUCCCAAGAGCCUCACUGAAGGAACUGGGUCGCAGCUGUGAGGUCCUGCUUACCCGACAUCCCCUCCCAAAUGGAGCUGGAGGUCGGAUCAAGAUGGAAAGGGAGGUGGAGGACACUGCAGAACCAUCAAAAGGCAAAGGGCAAGGGAGGGAGAAGGGUCAAAAACGCAAACAGAGCAGCACACGCAGAAGAGAGCAGCGAAGCACAGAGAGGAAGAAAAAGCACAGAGGAACAAAGGAAGGGACUCAAGUCUGCUCUUCCUCUUCUUCAUCCACUAUCUCUCUGGGGUCCAGCUCACGGUCCAUGUCUAACAAGCGAUCGAAGGAGACUAAAUCACGCAAAGACCGGAAGACCCGGCAGGUGCUGGGAAACCUUGACCUGCAGACUAAGGGGGUACAGGAGAUCCGAAGGAGGACAGCCCCUGGUGACAAUGAAGGGUGUGUGCAGCUUGACGACAAGAGAAUGGAGGAGGGAGAAAGUGGGUCUUCUGUUGCAGGUAGCUCAGGAUCCAUGGCCGCCCCAGGUAGCAGCACAGUUACGACUGUGGCAUCAACAACAGCAGUGACCCCCACAAGUGGUAGUCCUACCAAUGGGCCCCCAACUCUGGGUGCAGCUGACUUACUGAAACUGAAGGCCCUGUCAGAUGGACCUCCCCGAGAACUGAAAAUACGACUGAUCAAGGUAGAGAGUGGCAACAGGGAAACCUUCAUCGCCUCUGAAGUUGAGGAGAAGAGGAUCCCACUCUCAGAUAUUACCAUCAAAAACACAGCUUCUGAGGUUGUCCAAGCCUGCAGGGGAGCAAGGCUGAAAGGCAAACUCAGAGAGUCCUACUUGCUCCCAGCAUUCUCUGUCAAGCCCAAAAUGGUCAGCUGCAUGCCUAAUCCACGGGAGAAGCUCAAUCCCCCCACCCCAAGUAUCUAUCUAGAGAGCAAGAGGGAUGCCUUCUCUCCAGUGCUGCUGCAGUUCUGCACUGACCCCAAAAAUCCCAUCACUGUCAUCCGAGGUCUGGCCGGCUCCCUGCGUCUCAGUCUAGGCUUGUUUUCCACCAAGUCACUGGUAGAGGCCAAUGGGGAACAUGCAGUGGAGGUACGCACUCAAGUCCAGCAGCCGGCAGAUGAGAACUGGGAUCCCAGUGGCUCCACCCAAACCUGGCCCUGUGAAAGCAGCCGCUCCCACACCACCAUUGCAAAGUACGCACAGUACCAGGCCUCAUCUUUCCAGGAGAGCCUGCAGGAGGAGAAGGAUGUCGGUGAGGAUGAGGAAGAGGAGGAGGAACAAGGCCAUGCCACAGAUCUUACAGCCAAUGGACCUACCAACACAGGCACCCCCAGCACGGAGCAGAAACCACUUGGAAAGAUUAUCAAAUUUGGCACCAAUAUUGACCUCUCUGACCCCAAGAGGUGGAAGCCACAGCUGCAAGAGCUUCUGAAGCUUCCAGCCUUCAUGCGUGUAUCAUCCAGUGGGAACAUGUUAAGCCAUGUGGGCCAUACUAUCCUGGGCAUGAACACCGUGCAGCUCUACAUGAAGGUCCCAGGGAGUCGUACCCCAGGCCAUCAAGAAAACAACAACUUCUGUUCUGUGAACAUCAACAUUGGACCAGGCGAUUGCGAAUGGUUUGCUGUGCACGACAGCUACUGGGAGGCCAUCAACGAUUUCUGUGAACAGCAUGGGGUGGAUUACCUGACAGGAUCAUGGUGGCCAGUCCUUGAGGAUUUGUACCGCUCCAACAUCCCAGUGUACCGGUUCAUUCAGCGUCCAGGGGACUUGGUGUGGAUUAACGCUGGCACAGUACACUGGGUCCAAGCUGUGGGCUGGUGCAACAACAUUGCCUGGAAUGUGGGCCCACUGAAUCCCUACCAGUAUCAGCUGGCUCUGGAGCGCUUUGAGUGGAAUGAGGUCAAGAAGGUCAAGUCCAUAGUGCCCAUGAUCCAUGUCUCGUGGAACGUGGCCCGCACUGUAAAGGUCACUGACCCAGACACCUACAAAAUGAUCAAACACUGCCUCCUGCAGUCCAUCAAGCAUAUCCAGAUUCUGCGGGACCAGCUGGUGGCGGCUGGAAAAAAGAUCUCCUACCAAAGCCGGGUGAAGGAUGAGCCUGCCUACUACUGCAACGAAUGUGACGUGGAGGUGUUCAACCUGCUAUUUGUGACCAGCGAAAACAGCAGCAGGAAGACGUACGUGGUGCACUGCGAGGACUGCGCUCGCCUGCGCAGCCAGAACCUCUCCGGGGUGGUGGUGCUGGAGCAAUACCGCAUGGAAGAGCUGAUGAACGUGUACGACAACUUCACUCUGUCUCCAGCUCCCAGUUCGCGCUGCUGAUUGGUUUUCUAACCACGGAAAAUAGAAAAACAGGAAUGGCUCCUGUGCUUAGAAGCACCAGGAAAACAUGUUGUGGAGCUGACGCCAGAAAAGUGUGAACCUUAAAGUGAGACAAAAACAGUCUCCUGCAGAGGUUGGUCUGAUUUAACCGAAUAUCAGGGAACCACACCCACAUAUCCAUCCUUUUCUAAUGUCAAAUCUAGUAGGAUGGGUUUACAUACGGAGACAAUAAGCCUGUGCUUACUCAAUCGCCAUGGCAACAUUGUUUUUAUGCGAACGGCAGGGCAAUCCGUCUAUCAGCUGAAGAAGCUCAGUGACCUGCUUCUUGGAUCUAUUGGUUGCUGUUUUGUUCUCAGAUUUUGAGGUGAAUCCUGGGAUUUGUAAAUGUUAUUUGUAUUUCUUGUGGGGUGCUAUUUUAAAUUUUAUUUAUUUCGCAUAUUUUUGAGAAAUGUUUAAAACAGCCUGGUUGUUUACCACAUUGGCCUUGUGACAUUUGUUUAGAUUUUAAAUAGUAAUUAUAGAGAUUAAUACUUUUUUUCUAAAGCAUUAAGGAAAAAAAAUUGUAUCAAAAUACUUCAAAACAUACGGGUUCUAGGAAUACUGUUUUUCGUUAAUCUGUAUUUGCAAAUCACGUAUAUGUCGUCUCCAUAUUUUACAUGAUUUUAUCUUUGAAACUUAAGAUUGGAUUGUUGAAAUACACCUAUUUAGUGACUGUUUCACUAUUCUGACAUUGGUACUAUUAUUAACUAUAUUCAAAUUGUUUUACCUCAUUUGGCAUUUUUGUCCUUUUAUCGGGAAUUUUACUUUUUGGAAUUUAUUUAUGUACUUCUGGGUCUCUAUUUAUUCGCAUUGAUGCUCUUCUCCUUCGGGUUUGAAGUAACAUUUGAUGAUCUUCUGUUCAUAUUCUGUGUGGUAUUUCAGAGGGGCGACAGGGAGACUCUUGUUUAAAUGGUGCUCAUCUCCCCUUGCCCCUUCACAACUGAUACAUGAUUUAUAAGCAUAUACAGGAAUACAUUGUUAACCUAUAGAAUGGUGCUUAGAACAGGGCCAGUAUGCAUAAAUUCUAAAGAAUGCUGUCUUUGUACUGUAUUAAACAUGAAUACCUUCUGAUAUGUGUGACCGACCUAAAUCUUUGGGUAAAAGGAUGAAAUUGUGAGACUUGUCAAUAUUAAUAAUUAUUAAAUGGUUUUAGUGAUGGGGCUCUCACUUUUCUUUAAAAAAAAAAAUCUAUUUUCCUGUUGCAAUAUACAUUUGUUCUUCUUUGGUGUUUAUUUAAACUGCACUGUUUGGAAACUAAAGACAGGAAACUGAGCCGGAUUUGUCUUCUAUACUCUGUGAAUUUGUGAGAUUACUAUGACUGAGCAUAAAAUAAAACUUUUGAUAAACUUCAAAUGAUGCAAUGUAUGGGUGACAUGAGUUUUAGCAUGGCUACAUUACAUACACUACCAGUCAAAAGUAUUUACACACAGAGACAUUCUACAUUUGCAUGUUACUUAACAUUUACUGAAAAUAUAUUAAAUACUCUUUGUAAACAAACUCAUUUACAGUAUGUUCACCAUUUCAAUACCUUUAUUAGCAAGAUAACCUCAUACCUUCGAUUCAGCAAAGUAACCUCCUGCAGCAGUUAGAAUGCUGAAUUUUCACUGCUGUUCUACAAGGUACAUUGAACACUGCUCUGUCUCAUGGGAUGAAAUAGUUAACUAGUGCAUUUAAAGUUAAAUGGCGGCCGAGAAUUUGACUGCCAUCACCACACAACCAGUUAAUAGGACGUCAGACAUGCACCGUUACAUAUUCUUUCCAUGUUAUAAAGGAAACUUGUUUUAUUUGACUUAAAUUCUCAUUUAUAGUUUUACUCAAAUGCUUAAAAUAGAUAAAUCCGCAGUUUCUUAAAUAAAUGGAAAAGUAGUAAAAACCUGUGGUGUGCAAAAACCUUUGACUGGUGGUGCACAUUUCUUACCAUGUCUUUCAAUUGUAUUUCUACUAAUUGUCGCAUUAGCCGCUGACUUCAGUUUGUCAUCACCAAUGACAUAAAAGACUAAUAUGUGCCUAUGAAAUAGGUGCCUGGCACAGUGAAAAACCACUAUCUGUUCUAUCAUUGGUGAAACCUGGGACAGUUGGACUGUUUCAUUUUCUCAGCAGAAAUACUUGAGAUCUUAGUAACAGACUGACACACAAAGCUGAAUCUUUUGCUGCUGUAUUGGAAUCAACACACCACAAGAACAUUAAAGUAAUGACACAGAUCAAAGAGACACUUGGUCAAAGUACAUAGUUCCUCUUUGACAUCUGCGAAAAGAGUUACUCUAACAACAAACAGCUGCUAUGCCAUUGAUAUUGUAGUACAGUGAUAUCUAAGCCAAGGGAUGUACUAACCAAUGUAGCCACUGUAAUA